AUGCCUCAUUCCGGUUCAAGCAGCACCUGGGCCUCGUCAGGCGACGGGUACAGGGACGACCUCUGGUGGAACAGCACCCAGCGCCACAGGCCCCAGCUCUUCAGCAACCUCUACCAGGGUCAGUACCCCAUCAACCCCCAGCAGCAGUACUGGGGGAACCGCAACAUCAUGGUCUGGAUCCCGCAGCCGAGCCCCGCGGCGGCGUGGCCUGCCAUCUACCCUCCUAGCUACCGCGGUUGGAGGUGA